UCUUCAUACCGAAUUUGCAAAUUGUCAUUCAAGUACCGACUUUAGGGUAACAGCCUACCGGUAGGCUACAUCAUUUACUACUGUAUACCGCCACCCUCUGGAUGGGUAACUUUUUGGACAAUGCAAGAAAAGAGUUGAUUUCCUUUUUGGAAAAAAGUCAGACAUAUUUCCACGGGAAAGCCUUUGGAGGGAUGCUGUUCAUAACAACAUGGAAACAAGAUAUGUCUUAGUCAUUGUGCUUCUAAGUAUCUUCUGUUGUUGGACUUACAGCCAAGAACUAAAUCCCAGCGGCAGAAAUGUAUGCAAAACUGGAUCUGACAGGCUCCAAUGCUGUAGUGGCUGGGCACAGCAAGGAGAUGAGUGCUUAAUACCAAUUUGUGAGGGUAACUUCACCUGCCAAGAGAAUGAAGUUUGUGUGCGACCCCACGAAUGCCGCUGUCGUCAUGGUUAUUUUGGAGCCACUUGUGAUAUGAAAUGUCCGUUCAAGUUCUGGGGGCCUGACUGCAAGGGUAAGUGUGAUUGCCAUCCCAACGGGAGGUGCGAUGAUGUCACUGGGGCCUGCACCUGUAACCCUAAUCGCUGGGGGCCAAACUGUGAGCGAGCCUGCGGCUGCCAGAAGGGCCAAUGCAUCCAGGAGACAGGCGCUUGUACGUGCUACACAGGCUAUUGGGGCCCUCAGUGCUCUAACAAUUGUUACUGCAGAGUAAACUCUAUGUGUGAUGUGGGAACUGGCCAGUGCCACUGCAAUCCUGGCUGGUAUGGGAGGAACUGCGGUGCCAAGUGUGCCUGCAACACCUCUCCGUGUGACCAGCUCACCGGCCGCUGCAAGUGUCGAGAGCGUCUGUGGGGUACUCACUGCGAGCACAAGUGCCAGUGUCUCUAUGGACGCUGUAACCCGGCGGAUGGAUCGUGCACCUGCAAGCCAGGAUUCAGAGGGAAGUUCUGCAGGGAGACGUGUCCAGCUGGAUUCUACGGACAAAAUUGCAGAAACAGGUGUGGUCACUGCAAAGGCCAGCAGCCCUGCAUGGUGGCAGAGGGACAUUGCAUCGCAUGUGAAAGCGGUUGGAAUGGCACCAGGUGUGACCAGAUGUGUACUCCUGGGUUCUUUGGUGAAAACUGCAAGGACGUUUGCUCAUCCUGUAAAGACGGACACUUCUGCAACCGCAUCGAUGGCAAAUGCCCCCACUGCAACCCUGGAUGGAUGGGUGAUCGAUGUGAGGUCAAGUGCCGAAAUGGAACCUAUGGAGAGAACUGUGUCAAUGACUGCAACAGCUGCUUCAAUGGGAUGUGUCACUUCGCCACAGGAAAUUGUCUCUGCGAUCCUGGCUUCUCUGGUGCCUACUGUAAUGUGAGCUGUUCAGCGGGUCAGUAUGGGCUUAACUGUACCCAGACCUGUUCCUGCCAUGACAACAACUGCAACAUAGUGACUGGAGCAUGCAACCUACAGCCUAACCAAAGGAUGGGUGUGAUGGCAGCAGGGGUGCUGGUCACCUGUCUCCUGCUCCUCUCCUUGCUGUGUUGCUGCUCUGUCUGCAGACAGAACGAGUAA